GCGCUGCCCGCGCCGCUGCCCCGUGAGCGCUGCCCGUCCCGUCCCGCCAGGUCCGCAGGCAGGAUGAGCGCGAGCUUCUUCCAGCUGCUGAGAACGAAGAAAGAACUCAUCCCGCUGAUCGGAGUCGUGUCCUGCGCUGCCGUUGGGGCUGUUGCUUUUUCAGUCUAUUCCCUCGUCAGCAAAUCCGACGUGAUCAUUAACAAGGGUGCCAAUCCAGAGCCAUGGGAAACCAUUGAUCCUACCCAGCCUCAGAAGCUAUUAACAAUCCAUCAGAAAUGGAAGCCUAUAGAAGAGUUGGAAAGUGUCAAAAAGCUUACGAAGUGACAAGUUUCUGUUGCCUCUAAAGAUACGAGCUAUGAGGGACUUCUUCAACAAAGAGAAAAUGAAAGAGAUGAAAAGUAGAAAUGACUCUUCAGAGAGACGCUUCCUCUUUAAGCAUUUGUUUUCUGAUAGAUUGGCUACGGAAAUGAUGCAACAGGCAGACCCUCACCAAGCUGGGGAGGGCAUAUCUGCAGGCAAUGGUAGAACGAUCCUUUUCUGAGCUCCUUCUGUAGGUGUCCCAUUCCAUGCAGUUUCACAUGCAUUACAAAGUUUCUUCUACACUGGAUAAUAAGGAUGCAUGUUACUGGCUGAGAGGAAGGAAGAAAACUGAAACAAAUUAAUUUGAAGAAGCCCCUCCUCGACUAAUAGUGAACCUCCUGCUGGAGGUUGUUCUGCUGCAGCAAACACCUAGCAGGCUGGUAGUGCAGCUUCGGAGGAUUUAUGUUUUCUUAAAGGUGUAUUUGAUGCUGAGAAGAAAAGCGUUAAAACGUUAUUUGUGACACUUGUGCUAAGUUGCAGCGUAAAAUUUGGAUAAGUAAGUAUGACUCAGCAGCAUUUAGGAGUGACAGGAAUUAGAGGACUUCAGAGUACAAGCUUGGCUUUCAUUUCAUGGAAUGACACUAUGAGAUAAAUUGGGUGGUAUGUAACCACAAAAACCAGUGUUCUGGGGAAUACAACUUCUGAGCAUUUAAACAGAAGCACUGUAAACUAUUUUCUGUAAGUUAUUGCUUAUUUCCAUAUUUUGCUUGUCUGUAUCAAUACAAAAACAUACUGCGCUGUGCUCUGAGUUGAUACAUGAAUUAAAUGAGUUUGUCCUUCAGUAAAUCACUGGUAUGGUCUUUGAA